AUGUCGGUAGUAAUUUUAGACGGCGGGUUUUCCACCCAGCUUUCCGUCCACGUGGGCGAGAAAGUCGACGGGCAUCCUCUUUGGACUGCAAGAUUUCUAGCAACAAAUCCUACCGCAGUCUAUCAAACCCACCUAGAUUUUCUGCGCUCCGGAGCGGAUAUAAUAAUCACCAACACCUACCAGGCAUCUAUCGAAGGGUUUGUUCAGCACUUGGGACUAUCAAAAGUCGAGAGUUUCGAUUUAAUUACUAAAGCAGUGGACCUGGCGAAGCAGGCGCUCCAAGUUUAUAUGCUUGAAAUAAAAGACAAGGAAGUUUCUAACAAAAAACCGAAGAUUGCCGGGUCUUGUGGCCCUUAUGGAGCUUCCUUGCAUGACGGGUCGGAGUAUACAGGUGAAUAUGCUUCUAAUAUAUCAAAAGAAUUUUUAAAAAAAUGGCACAGACCUCGUAUCCAGACCCUCAUUGACGCCGGAGUUGACUUCAUCGCUCUGGAGACUAUUCCUUGCCAAAUAGAAGCCGAAGCGCUGGUGGAACUCAUCAAGGAGUUCCCGGACAUCAAGGCCUGGUUGUCCUUUUCGUGUAAGAAUGAUGGGAGGUCCAUUGUUGAUGGCAGCGACUUCAGAAGUGUCGCUUGUUCUUGCUUCAAUAAUGCAGUUAAGGGACAGCUGGUUGCUGUCGGAGUCAACUGUCUUGCUCCAACUGCUGUCACGCCUCUGUUAAAGGGAAUUCAGGAUAAGGGUGAUAAGUUUAUUCCGCUGAUUGUUUAUCCUAAUAGUGGAGAGACUUACACUGUUUCUGAAGGCUGGAAGAAAACUGGGAAUGAACCUCCGCUGGAAACUUUUAUUGAUGAGUGGUUGAAUUUGGGAGUUAGAUAUGUUGGAGGCUGCUGUAGAACUUAUGCUGAUGAUGUCGCUAAGAUUAUUGUCGAAGUCAGGAAAUGGCAGAAGAAAAAAAUUAUUCCUUGUUGUGAAUAA